CUAGAAGAUUCCAAACGCGAUUAUUUGUUACGAUUAUAACAAUUAGCGGCUAUCUGCGCGAUUAAUUAAUUAUUAUCAACUCAAUUAGUAUCGCGCUAUAUCAGUAUAAAGCAGUAGAUGUUAUUUUCAAAUUUUUUGGUCAAAACGUUGCCAAUGCAGAAGGACUUUACUGGAAUAGUUUCGUAAUGUAUUUAUAGUUAAUCAAUUUAUACGACUAUAUUUAACGAUGUAUUUUAAUCAUUGUCAAAACUACGUAGCAAAAAUAAAAUUUUUGUUCAUAUGUAGUCUAUUAAAGUACAUGUUUCGUGUACUUAUUGGAUCAAAAUUUACGAUACAGGAUAAAGGACGAAAUAUUUUCGGAUAUUACAUUUUGCGGAUAUUUAUCUUCAAUUUUAACUUGUAGAUUUAUUUAUUUAUGUUAUAAUGCGAGAUGAUAAAAUGCGAGUUUAUUCGUUAGCAACAGUGAUAACAUCGCCGCGACAAGUGACUUAUUAAGUUAGCUCUGUAAUUUUCAGUGUCGAAUAAAUCGUAGGUAUAUGCGAUCGCUUUCACGUUAUUUUCCCGUCGUAAUACACAUAAAUACGUGUCGCGUGCGAUUAACAUUGAGAGUGCCGUGCAAAGUAUCGUGCGAUUAUCGUAUUUUACUGCGCGAUCGUAAUUAACAAUGUUUUCGCGAGUGAGUGCCAUGAAGGAAAAGCAAAGACGAACAAGAGAAGAGAAGGAAGCUGGAACGAGAAACGGUGGAGCAAUCAUAGAAUCAACUGUUGUGUACUACAACUGCACCAUUGUAUGCAUCGUACCGAACAACGUCAUUUUCAAUUGUAGUAAGACUUGCGGCUACGGUAAAAGUUCCAAGUCACCGGCUUAUCGCGGUUACCACGUCAGAGAAAAAAAAAGCAGAUCGGGCACCCCGUCGACCCGGCGGUCCCGAGGCCCAGCAGCCUCUGGUGAUCUUGCUGCAGCCCGGCAGCGCCGAAGAUCUGUCGAACUUGCCGUUGCCGGAUCUGGUGCAGUCGGCCGUAGAUCAGCUGCCACCACUGUCGCCCCAGGUGACAGUUUCCGUUCCCAACAGCCCGAUGAGAGACGCGACCUUCCAGUUUCCCGAGUGCGUCAACGGCGGCGGUGCACCGCUGCCGAGCCCAAGGCCGCGGCCGCGAAGACGCUUCUCAUUAUUAAUUUACAUGUCACAACGAGUCUUAAAGGAAGAUGUUUGUGCUUUUUUUUAGAUCGGGCACCCCGUCGACCCGGCGGUCCCGAGGCCCAGCAGCCUCUGGUGAUCUUGCUGCAGCCCGGCAGCGCCGAAGAUCUGUCGAACUUGCCGUUGCCGGAUCUGGUGCAGUCGGCCGUAGAUCAGCUGCCACCACUGUCGCCCCAGGUGACAGUUUCCGUUCCCAACAGCCCGAUGAGAGACGCGACCUUCCAGUUUCCCGAGUGCGUCAACGGCGGCGGUGCACCGCUGCCGAGCCCAAGGCCGCGGCCGCGAAGACGCUUCGCCUCGGAGAGCUCCAUCAUGGAGACAGGCUCGAGCGAGGUGAGCAACUGCAACAACGGUAGCAGCUGCUGCUGUCUGAUCCUCAACGAGAGGCAAUCGUGGACGAGCGUGGGUGCCAAUCUCAGGAACAUCGCCGGCGACUUCCACGCAUGCAGGACCAAGGAUGCCGAGACCGAGAAGUCGAGGUUGCCAGUGAUCGGUCCGGGUCUGUCCAACGGUCGCAACAGUAACUCGUCAUCCACUGACAGUCUUCUGUCGUUGCUGAUUCCGACGCCGUUGCGAGAGACCCUCUGGGCAACGGUGGCUCUGUACCUCGGCUGGAGACUCGUCUCCCGCCUGCGAUAGACGCGCCGGUCUCGCCCAGCCAUCGUUCCCGCGGGCCCGAUCAGCGAUCGUGUCAGCGACCGGAACGACGGCGUUGUGAGCCGUUAGAACGGACGGACUUCCGCCAGCAAUUCCCGGAUGUCUUCCGGAAGUCCUGGAAUCCUCGACCGGACUGAUCGUCUCGAGAGGAGGUAGAGUCUGCGGCGCGUACUGCGGAUCUCACUUUGCGAUCGGACGAUGGAUUAUGAUCGAGGUAGAAUGUAUCGAGAAGACGAACAGUCUCUUGUUUGAAUAUUCACUCCGAUAACUCCGAUUGUAUUUUGUAUAUCUGUUUUGUAUCUUGCGCGUCCCUGCCGCACGCGACUACGCGAGAAUGUGCUUGACCGAUUUCGAUCGUUUUCUGAGGUACUAUCUGACUGCUUAGAAGAUAUUAAUAUAAUUGAUCAUGACGAUAAAAGUAUUGAUGGUGGAUCCAUGUAUUUCUAAUUUUUGAUGAUAAAUAAUUUGAUUAUUGAUUGAUUUCAUA